AUGAGGUUGCAAUAUCCAGCUAGAAGCUGGAAGCUCCUCCAGACUCCCUCAAAACGUGGCUACUCUGGAGCUCACAGCCCGCCGCCAUGGCGGCCGGUCUCUGCGAUAGAUGAAUGGGCAGAGCGAGCGAUUCGCCCUAUUAGUCUUCGCCAGUUGACCUUCUUCGGUCGGACCCUGACUGAACCUCGACUCAUCAGUUCCGCGAACUAUGUGCGGACCGAGCUACCCACUCGACUUGCGCAUCGUCUGCGAGACAUCCAGCAGGUGCCCUAUGUGGUAGUCGCCAACCCCCACCUCACUCUCGUAUACGAGCUCUACUACAAGGCGUUCGAAAAGGUCCGAAAGGUUCCUGAAAUCCGAACCCUUGAGGAUAACGAUCGGUUCUGUGAGAUUCUAAAGGAAAUGCUGAAAGAGCAUCUGGUUGCAAUCCCCAACUUGGCGAUGGGGGUGCUGGAGUGUCGGAAUCUUGCACCGGCAGAUGAGAUGGACCGGCUGAUGAACACCCUUCUGCGAGCGAGGAUCUCUCGCCGAGUCAUCGCAGAGCAGCAUCUCGCACUGACAGAGACCUUCAACUCCCCAUGGCACUUCCCUGACUCCCACGACCGGACCGACAUGAAUGCGGACUUUGUCGGGGAAGUAUUCCUCAAGUGCAAGGCGAAGGAGGUAGUCGAGCGAUGUGGCAAGGUCGCACAAGAUCUCAUGCGGAAAACAUCCGGCUCGACCCAGAUACCCGCCAUCACCGUCCUGGGCCAUGUGGAUGCGACAUUCCCUUAUAUCUUGAGCCAUUUGGAAUAUAUCAUCGGAGAGCUCCUCCGCAACUCAGUGCAAGCAGUCAUGGAGAAAUACCAGGACUCGACCGAAGCCCCACCACCUAUCGAGGUGCUUGUGUGCGAGACCCCACAACAUGUCAUCAUGCGCAUCUCUGAUCAAGGAGGCGGUAUUCCCCGAGAGAUUCUCCCAUAUCUGUGGUCCUUCAGCAAAGGCCCCCGCACGCAGUCCCGGCUGGAGAAUCUCGGACGGGUCCCUGCCAUGGCGGCGACGAUGCAAGAGUUGCAAGUGUCACACGAGCGCAAACACACUGACCGGGAUUCAUACCACGAAGGAUCCCUGGACACAUUGACGUCACGACCGCCCAACCUCCGCCUAGGAAUGGGUCUCCCAAUGAGUCGUGUGUAUGCUGAAUAUUGGGCAGGUAGCUUAGAACUGCACAGUCUGGAAGGAUAUGGAGUGGAUGCAUUCCUGCAGAUCUCAAAGCUUGGCAACAAGAAUGAGCAGGUUACCACUCGGGCAGCGAUUGAUGCCGUGUAG